AUGCCUCCUCAAGUCGCCAGGAACCUCCUCCGCGCCGCUCGCGCUCGAGCUGUCUUCCAGUCGACACGGCCAGCCCAUCGUCGCCCUGCUGCCAUCAGCUGCAGGUUCCAGAGCACAGAGGCUGUCCGCCAGACACCCUCAGACGUCUACCAAGCACCACCCAGGGGCUUUGUUCCCCGAAAGGAGGAGAAGUUUGUUCCUACACAGUCACGCAAGGCAGCACCUGCCGCUACUUUGAAGCUCAACAGCAAGAACCUGUCCUCGCUCCAGAAUGUCUCUGUCCCUACCUACAAGAGGCACGGCGUCAAGCAGGGUAUCGUCCACGUUGGUGUUGGUGGUUUCCACCGCGCCCAUCUUGCAGCUUAUGUCGACACCCUCCUCGAACAGUUCAACGUCCAGGACUGGUCCAUCUGUGGUGUUGACCUCCAGCCAUUCGCCGCUCCUAUGCGCGAUGCUCUCAAGCCCCAAGACAACCUCUACACCAUGAUCGAGCGUGCCGCAGACGGUACCAGCGCCCGCGUCAUUGGCAGUAUCACCGACUACCUCUUUGCUCCUGACAGCGCCGAGGCUGUUAUCGCCAAGAUGGCCCACCCCGACACCCACAUCGUUUCCAUGACUGUCACCGAGAGCGGUUACUACAUGAACGAAAACACCCACGAGCUCCAGAUCGACCACCCAGACGUUGCCGCCGACCUUGCUGGUGAGCAGCCCGCACGCACCGUCUUCGGUUACCUCUAUGCCGCCAUGGCCAGGCGCCACGCAGCUGGUCUCCGCCCCUUCACCGUCCUCUCCUGCGACAACAUGCAGAAGAACGGUGACAUCAGCCGCAACAUGCUUGUUUCGUUUGCCCGCCACGCCGGAAACAACGAGGUCGCCGACUGGAUCGCCAGCAACGGUGCUUUCCCCAACAGCAUGGUCGACCGUAUCACUCCCCGUACCAACGACGAGGACAAGGUCAGCCUAGCCAAGAACUUUGGUGUUGAGGACGCAUGGCCAGUCGUCACCGAGCCCUUCCACCAGUGGGUGCUCGAGGACAAGUUCGUCGAUGGCCGCCCUCCUUUCGAGAAGGCCGGUGUCCAGAUCGUUCCCGACGUCCACCAGGUCGAGGAGUACGAGAUGAUUAAGCUUCGUCUCCUCAACGGCAGCCACUCUGCCAUGGGUUACGCUGGUCAGCUCGCUGGCUUCACCUACAUCCACGAGGUCAUCAGCCACCCCGUCUACCGCCAGUUCGUCAUCAACAUGAUGCAGCAGGAGGUCAAGCCCCUUCUCCCCCAGAUCCCCGGUGUCAGCGUCGACGACUACUGCAACACCCUUCUCGGUCGCUUCUCCAACCCCACCCUCAAGGAUGAGCUCCCACGUAUCUGCCUCGGCGGCAGCGGCAAGAUCCCCCAGUUCAUCAUGCCCAGCAUUGCCGAGCAGAUCAUCGCUGGUGGACCUCUCCGCCGCCUGACUCUCGUCGCCGCUGCAUGGUUCCGCUACAACAAGGGUAUCGACGAUGCGGGCAACGCCUUCAAGGUCGACGACCCCAUGGUUGAGGAACUCCAGGCCAAGGCCGCCGAGGGCCCCAUUGCCCAGCUCCAGAUCAAGAACCUCUUUGGUGACGACCUCCGCCAGGACAAGCGCUUCGUUCAAGAGCUGAAGACCGCUUUGGAGGGCUUGGAGCGUGAGGGUGCUCUCGCUAUGAUUGAGAAGUACGCUUAAGUUUGUCGUUGUUGAAAAAAGGCAUCAUUAGGGAAAGGGAAAGAAAGAUACCCAGGGUUGGCUUGUGCGCUUUUCCUUGAUAGAAAGUCAUCAUCUUCGGCAGGCAAUUUCUCUUUUUGUUUCAUGUUUACAUCGCGGGAAGGAAAGCGUUGAGCACUAUAGAUGAUCUAGAUGGGUUUCUCAGCCAGUUGGUCAUUAGUUGUUGGGCAUCUUCUUUUUGUUUAGUUUGGCGUUUGAGCUACAAAAGCAAAGUCUAUCGCAAGCGUUUUCAUUUUUAUCAUAGCUUUUAUCUUUGUAAUCACUCAGCAACAUGCUUUUGGUUAUCUACUGCCGCUUUCAAUACAUUGAAGUUGUUACAA